AUGCUGCCACGUCAAGAGGCAAUGUUUUAUCCCCCUCCACUAAAUGCUAGACGCGAAGGCGUUAUUUCCUCUGCGUCAACUCAGAAGGCCAGUGACUAUCUUUUAAAUGCAUCUUAUGUUAACAUAUCUAUAAUUAUGGAUAGGUGUAGCCACACAUGCACUAGUAUAUAUAUAUAUAUAUAUAUAUUUUCGUGGCAACUACGUACACUAAGUUAGUAUGAAAGUCGUCGCAUUAGCUCAUGUGCAAAUAUUAGUUCGAUGUACAACAUAUAUGUUGUACAUCGGAUUUUAAUCCCGACUUGGCUUUUUGUCAGACGUUUCGGGCAGCCUCCCGCGGUGCUUUUUGCCCGAUUUACCGCAGUACGGGCAAUCUGGUUAACCAAAUUAAUGUGUGGCCUCAUAAUCCAGCUUGGCUCUUCAGUGCUUACUUAAUUAAGUAAGCACUGAAGAGCCAAACUUACUUAUUUGUACUUAUUUGCAAUUAGAAAUAUGUACAGUUCAACUAUAUACAAGACAAAUAAACUAAAAUCUUACUUGCAGUGGCCGACCGCAAAAUCAGGUUACAAGGUUAUUACUUCGAUUUGUGUUUGUGGACGGGCUGACCGCGCCAUCCCAUUUAUUGUAGGUUCUAUCACACCACAGGCUUGUAUUGCGCAUUUAUCUGUAAUUUAUUGCAAUUGAAAAUAAUAUGUAAUGUCUUUGAAAACACCCGACCUCUAUGAAGCCCGUCGCCCCCUUUAGAUUCUGGACGAGAAUGUUCGCCUUAUCCACAGCAUCAUUAAUUACCAGAAAUCAGGAGCAACAAAGGAAGUUCACGAACUUCAGCAGCUGUUGCACAAGAACCUUACUUACCUCGCUACCAUUGCUGAUCAAACUACAAAUCCAGCACAGCGGCCACUCCCAAUGCAUGGUGCACCUGGUCUGCAACCUGUUCAAGGUCUGCCACCAACCAACCAACCGCCGGUAAUGCACCAAGAACCACCGCUGCCUCGUGAAAAUGUUCCGCCUUCGCAGCAACAGCAACAGUUUUCUUCCAUGUCUCAAGCACCGGGUUUCACUCAGCCUCCUACCGUAAGCCACACACGUGGCCCGUUUCCACCCUCCGGGCCAAUGUCUGCUUCCUACAUGCCAAAUCCCAUGUAUGUUACUCAAGGAACCGUCCUCCACCAGUCUCUGGGUAAGUGAGAGGAGGCAUUCCAGUCGGGCUUUUUAUUCGUUCAUCUCAGGUUUGCUUUGGUGGUCUUAGUUGUAGGUAUCCGUCGCUAGCCAUAACUCAGCUUAGAAGCCCCCGUCUGUUGUGGUUUACAGAGUGCUCGCACUUGAUUCAGCCGUAUUCAUGUCUGAUCUGGCCGACCCCGAUGAUAUCGGUACUUGCACAUCUCCACGUCUGAUGAUCUACGACAAUGGAUCCUAAGAUGUUGAUUAUCCUCGUUUCCAAUGAUGCAGAUGGAAUACCAAGUCUGUGUAUCGUCAGAUUUUGAGACCUUUUGACACCUCCAGUUUGGCAGUAGCAUUAGAUCCGGAGCUGGUAACGAUGGACGUGCCCAAACCGCCUGAGUCGUCUUCCUUGGUUGGCCUGGGAUAUUCUUGCUGCGUCCAAGCGAAGGCAGAUUCUCAUCCUUCAGACGAAGCCGGUGUUCUUUGAUAAAAAGAUGAUCUUCAGGCACAGGUUGUCAGAACUUCGACAUUUGCUUGGAAUUUACGACCGUACAAGAGAACUGUUUUCUCGAGUGCCUGACACGUCCGUAUCUCUGUGGCAGUGGAAACUUCUCUGCAUGCAUAUUUACGCGUCAUGAAGCUCACAGAAACCCGAUGAGCAACAUUGGUUUGGGUAACGAUGUCGACCCUUCUCUGCCUUUGACAUAAACUUCGGCCGAAACAUUCAAAACCCCACACUUCUUCCAACUGACCCAUUAACCUCGAGAGAUGCCUAAUCUUCGCUUAAUACAUAACUCAAAAACACUCAGGUCUUUGCAUCCGUUAUUGAAAAACCGACUGAGUUAGUGAUCUCGUCCACCCGAUACAUGGAAUUCUAUGGUCAUCGUAACUUGGUGCCAGCAGAGCAGUACAUCGUCACCGUCAGAAAACGUCCUGAAGCCAGUCUGAUGCCGUUAAAAUGAUGUAAAAAUACUUUUAAAGUGCAGUCAAUGGCGAACUUAGACAGGAUCGGCGACAUACUGCGGCGCAGCACAAAGUAAAACCAAAUAUUGAAAACUUAAAAUAUUUCCAUAGAUCAGAAUUCAGGCAACGGGCGUUUAUCAUAGUAUUUCUUUGAGCCAAACUUACGCAUCGGACGGUCUUACCUAUGUAGAUUCUAACGUAACCUUACAGUCAAGAAGAAGGCGGUUGGAUGGGAAUUGAUAAAUAAAAACCCCCGCAUCAUCCGAUGUAGGUUAACUGUUCUGAAAUCGUGUUGUUAGUAAGGAAGACUAUGCUUAAACCCGACUAGCGUUCACUGGGAGAUUUGUUGGAAGUCUGACGUUUCCGACGUUUCGCCUACUCAUGCACACACGUCUCCUUAUAUGGCGCCCUUUGCUUGAUUUGUAGCCCGCCAAUACUGCCUGUGCGACUGGAUCCGACCCGCAUUUCACCGUAACAUGCGUCACCCCCGCCCUCAUUGACCGCGGAAGUAAUUGGCGACCCCACUUGCCCCGCGCCGUGACCAUCCCCGGCAGAAGGUUCAUAAAACCAUAUAGGGGGAGGCAAAUUGGUGCGGCGGCUUACAGAGCGGUCGGUGGACAUCCAGACUUCUUGCACCCGCCUUGCUGUAUGAUCAUCGUCUCAGCUCACGAUCUCGACGGCGCCAAAAUUGAAGCUGUAUCUCAUUCACGCGGCAUGGUUUACUACCUGCGAUUUCCGGUUCAACCUUCUCACAACCAACCGAUGCUCGUGCAUCCGCGUUUGCGGUCGUCGAUCGGUUUUCCCAACGUAGUUGCACAUCUUGUAGCUGUACCAAAGUCGGCAGACAACGGCCGACAUAUGUCUGGGGAUAGGGUCUUUUGUCCGUAUCACUUGCCGACGGAUUAUGGAGUCAGACCUGUGAAAAACUUCCAUUCCGAGUGGCGUGAGGGACCCAGCCACGGCUCCGAUGCCCCCUCCCGUAUGCGGAAUGCUCCUUCCAUUAGUUGUAUUUCUUCGACCAGUCGAGAUAUUCUCGCGAGGCUAUCCCAACGGGCGUGAGCCGUUUUAUUAGAGAAGAUCUUUCGUGGAUAUCGAUGACCGGAAGCGGGUUUCUUCGUCUAUUACGCGCACAGUCCAGCACUUCAAUCGGUUAAGGACCGCGUGGGCAUAUUACCGGUACACGCGGAUCUUUGCGGUAGUUGAGAUGAGCCUUUGACUUCUUCGAAGACUUGCCUACACUUUGGGGGCAGCAUCAAUUGGGGCUACACUGUGGUCCCUACACUACCUGUUGGAGCAACAGUUCAAAACCCAAUUGAGCUUUUUCAGGUACCCAUUUAAUGAGUUAUUCGAGUAGGAUAAAUGAUGGGAUGCGUCUUUGCCUUAUGUUUGAUUGGAUAUCAAACAGCCAUGGGGAAUGUUUGAAACCUGAAUUCCAGUGGUAGCAAAGGGAUAGCAGGUCAGGAUCGCGACAGCAAUUCUUGCUGCUGCCUUAGCCUGAACGCCGCUGCCACGGCAGUAAAGUUUGUAGCCAUAGACCGAUGACAGCCAAGGUGGAAUUAAAGGAUGCGCCGUGGCGCAGAUAGUUAAUGAGUGCAUCCUCGUCCAAGUCAUUACCCGGCUUUAUUUGAUCUCAUUUCUGGCCCCUGGCAUGGGUGAACACUGUCCUGACCUAACCACACAGCCGGAUGGCCCAGGACGUAUUUUCAGGCCAUGACUGUAAAAUAGCUUCAUCGGCAUACAUUAAGCGACUAGAAGAAGCGUUUCCUUCUGACCGACGAAAACACUAAGAACGGUAUGUUUUGUGAGCUGGAUCAUAACAGUAUGCUUGCCUCAUUCAAGGCCACUUUCGAGCAAGUAACAACUUCAUCUUACACUAUAGCUCGCUGCCCAUUAACGAAGGCCCUGGUCAUCUUAGGGAGAGAGUUGAACAUAGUCUAACUGACGAUCAGUCAGCCGUUGUUUUGUCUGUUCCGCCCUACCGUUCUAGCUUGGAAAAAAAUGGAAUGAGAUCUGUGUUAUAAGAUACCCCAGUCUUGAGACCGCGAGGGUCGACGUCGGAGAGAUGAAGGUUGCCAUGUUUGGAGGCUACAUAUAGGCCCUUCGCACCUUUCGCGGUUCCGUGCUGAAGUUCUCAAAAUCAAUGUGUAUAUUGGGUAACAAUCUACGCAUCUCAUUUGUGGAGAAGCCUUUUCAGGUCCACCGACUAUAUCGAAAACAUAAAAUAGUAAAACAAAGGUUAAGUGCAUGACGCGCGUCCUCUGUCCCUCUUAGGAUUUUUUUUAAACAGGGAAAAGUGAUCACAAAUUUUCCUAGUUGGCGUAGACACUUAGUCGCCUGUAAGUUGUUUCCGUAUCGCACAGGGAAGGUCUUCCUAAUCCCCACGUGGUGCUUAUUGACGGUUUUGUUUCGACGGCCUUAUUAUAGCGUUCUUUGUCGCUAUCACUGAUCCGAACGAUAGUUCAUAUACUGCUUUUUCUUUUCUAGGUGGACCUAUGCCACCGCAGCAUCAACCAGUCCCCAUGGGAACCCCUGAUGACCGUGGCUACGUACCACAAAGGGUGAGAUAAUUCUGUCCUUAGGAACUGGCCGCUCCUCCCAAACUAAUUACUUUUAAUGCUAGCUGCAUAUUUCAUCUGCAGUUGAAAGGACGUCGGAAAGAAGGCCGCUAAGUGUCCCUCGGUCAUGUCCCAAUUGCGCAACAGAUAUCUAGACUGAUGCUCGCUUCCGCGAUAUUUAUAAACUGACCGUAGAAAGAUAAUCCGAUAGUUUGCGCUAAUGGUAGGGGGCGCUCACCGAUCGUCCAUACGGAAUUCACCCGUUCCGUUGUGCCUUAAGGGCUCUCUCUCUAGCCCAACCAGCAGCCGCACAGCGGCGCACGAUACAUAGGCAGAAUGGCAUUACCGACAAAGACAAGGGAGACUGGAAUGGCCAUUUUUGGCUUACUAGCCGUCGUCAGUCAGUCAUACCCCAGCCCGAAGUGUGGAACACCCGAGCCUUGAACUGGCGACCUGUUAGUUAGAAGUUCACGCCUCUACCCACUGGGCCACGAGCCCGUGGCCCUUGCGCUAACUCUAUAGGAGUAUUUUGCACUCCGUGCAGUAUUAUCUGAGUAAGGCACUGUCUUAGAAAUUAAUACAUCAAAAGCGAAGGCAAAAUAAUUCUACACCGUGGUUCCGACAUAGGUACUCUGCCUUUUUUGGAAAUUCACCAUACGCUAACAUCUGGUUACUUCAAUUAUGACAGUUUCUUGCCAGGUCGUCUAGUACUUUCGCGUCCGACCAGUGCUAGUGAACUAGGGGACACUUGGACUCCACAUGCUGGAUUGCAAAUGUGAACUGCAUUCGAUCAUAGAUGUCCGAAAUGGCUAUGCACAUCUGAACCACCUUAUUUACACUAGCACAUAAAGACUGUUUAAGCAGUCUCCAAAUGCCAUUCUGCACCGAUUCAUCUUUUUCGAACGGAAAACAGGCCUUCCAGCGCGUAAAACUACCGUAACUGUGGUUGACACCGUCUUUGCUCUUUUUUGUGAUUACUUGACGCUAAUAAGCCCUUCGCCGAAAAUUAUUACUAUGGUGCGUGCCUAUUAGUCAAGUAUAUUUGGUCUCCCCUGAAUGUAGCCGGGGCAAACACCAGCGCCAGCACCCAAUGGUCCAUACGGAUACCUCUACCCGACAGGUGGCCAGCCGCCAAUGCAGGGCGACAUGGGCAUGAUGCCACACCAGAUGCCGCGGCCUGUGGAGACUGGAGCAUCUGACCAGAGACAUCUCCCAAGCGGGUCGGAUUCACAGCCGGUUGCUCCGCCACACACGGGACCCCCAGCGCAGUUAAUCAACGACAGAAUCAUGAACGGUGAUACGCAGGGGAUGCUCUCGGGCAGUCCAGCACCCCCGCGAUCGGCCGCACCUUCGUUUCCUUCCACAACUACGGUGGGAGGUGGUCUCCCUCCAUCUGGCCCCUCCGAUCCAGACGGCCAUUUCCAAAAGGUUGGUGGGGCCUCAGCAUGA